CCUGAGUAUGAACGUAUCCAGGUGAAGAAGGGAGACCUGAUCGGCAUCUACUACUUUGACCCCCUCCCGGGAUAGGUUUCUCCGAGUGCAGACGCAACCAGCAGCCAGAGGCGUCACAGAUGUCCUGGAUCACCACUAAAGCGAAGAAGCCCUCCUUCUUUGUGAGUGGGGAGAUAUACGACCAGGCGGACAAGAACAAGUGCUACAUCAUGUCCUUCAAAGCCAUGGUCGGACCUGCGAGGCAAUACCAGCUCUACCGCACAAACUGGCUUCCACUGAUCAGUCGUAAGAACGUUGGAUCCAAGAAGAAGGUUUAUGCCGGAAUCAACGCAAACUUCGUGAUCGAACAUGAUGGCGAGAUCGUCCAGUGGAAGUUCUACUCGAAAUAUGUGGGGGACAUCGCGCUGCAAGUGUGGCGGGAAGUGGGAAUAGAUCAAUACAGUCUUGUUGGACAGAACAUAGUGGAGACCAUCGACAACGACGUCCAGGUGGUCAACGUCAGCUCCAGCGACCGCAUCAGCGUGGAGGCUGGUCAGCUGAUCGGGGUGCACUACGGCAAGAACAAAGGCGGCCUCUGUUACAACAGAUGCAACAGCAACAAAAACCCAGAGGCAUAUGACGUGAGCUGGAUGGAACCUACUAUAGCUAAUUCUUCACUUAUUACACCAGACAUGGUGUUCACUUUCCAGCUUAGCAGUUGCAAAAUAUUCUCUCUCACUGCCUUCAUCAAACCAGUGGAGUGAUGCGACGUUGCCUCC